AUGGCAAACGAUGGUUUUACAGGGACAGGUCCCGGAGGAGAUAUAAUGAAGGUGGAUUUAAAUAAACAGUUUGACAAAGCAGAUAUGGUUUGGAUUGGAGUAUCAGCCGCAUUAGUGUGGAUUAUGGUUCCAGGUGUUGGUUUGCUUUAUUCUGGUUUAUCAAGAAAGAAGCAUGCAUUAUCAUUAUUAUGGGCGUCACUUAUGGCAACUUGUUUGACUGCAUUUCAAUGGUUCUUCUGGGGGUACUCAUUAGUGUUUACACAAAGUGACUCCGUAAUUUUGGGUAACUUGAACUAUUUUUCUUUGAAAAAUGUGUUCGGAGCCCCAAGUGUGGUUUCAAGUGUUCCAGAUAUUUUAUUCUGUCUUUACCAAGGUAUGUUCGCUGCAGUAACAGCCAUUUUGAUGGUCGGUGCUGGAUGUGAGAGAGCAAGAUUAGGGCCAAUGAUGGUCUUCUUAUUCUGUUGGUUAACUGUUGUUUACUGCCCAAUUGCAUACUGGACUUGGGGUGGUAACGGAUGGUUAUUCAACUUAGGAGCAUUAGACUUCGCUGGUGGUGGACCAGUCCACGAAAAUUCUGGUUUUGCAGCUUUGGCUUAUUCUUUAAUUUUAGGUAAGAGACAUGACCCAUUAACUACUGGAAAAGUUCCUAAAUAUAAGCCACAUUCUGUCACAUCUGUUGUGUUGGGAACUGUGUUUUUAUGGUUCGGUUGGUUUGGAUUCAAUGGUGGUUCAACAGGUAACGCAUCUAUCCGUUCUUGGUACGCUUGUGUCAACACUAAUAUUGCUGCUGCAUGUGGUGGUUUAACUUGGAUGUUUGUCGAUUGGUUCAGAACAGGAGGAAAAUGGUCUACUGUUGGAUUAUGUACCGGUGCUAUUGCCGGUUUAGUUGGUAUUACUCCAGCUGCUGGUUUUGUUCCAGUUUACACUUCUAUUGUCUUUGGUGUUGUUCCAGCUAUUGUCUGUAACUUUGCUGUUGACUUGAAAUCUAUCUUACAAAUUGACGAUGGUAUGGAUGUGUUUGCUUUGCACGGUGUUGGUGGUAUUUGUGGCUCAAUCUUAACCGGUCUCUUCGCUGCUGACUAUAUUGCUGCUGCUGAUGGUUCCGUUGCUGCUGACCCAUCAGCGGCUAUUGCUGGUGGUUGGAUGAACCAUAACUACAAACAAUUAGGAUACCAACUUGCAGGCUCAUGUUCAGUUGGUCUCUGGAGUUUCACUCUUACUUCCAUCUUGUUAUUAAUUAUGGACAGAAUUCCUCAGUUGAGAAUAAGAUUACAUGCUGAUGAGGAAAUCAUGGGUACUGAUGUUGCAGAAAUUGGUGAAUUUACUUACUACGAUGAUGAAAUGGGACAAAGCAACACCAUGGGUAUGAGCGAUAACUUACCAUAUGUUAUAGAACCAAUCAGAUCUACUGAUCAAAAGAAAGCGCAAUUACAAGCUGCUGCUGGUACCAGGGAUGAUCCAGAAGUUCAUAUGGGCACCACCGCAGAUGGACAAGGUUUUGUUAGCCCUGACGAUGGAAGUGGCACAAGUAAUGCUACUAAGGAAUAA